GAUUUAGAAUUUGGAGGGCGAAUGCAUUCGAUAAGUUCCGAAAAUAUAACCCCCCCUCUGGCCUCCAUCCCUCCCGACUCCACUGCAACUCUGAUAGCUAUUAACGUCGAUCAGAUCUUUUGCGGCUGUUUGUUUUCUUUUCUCGGGUGGAUUUUGGAAGGAGGGGAAAAGAUUUGAGUUUAUACUACAAAAGAUAUGACACUGCUACCAUCUGCGUGUCCUGGAUAAAACCUUCUUUUCUUGUAUUUUUUAGAUUCCUGGUGCAUGAGAGCUCAAACACAGACAAGUUAAUGGAAUAAGUUUUGCUCAGAGACUACUGUGAGCGGUUCUAACUGAAGCUAGGCUUUUAGGGAUGAAGAAUAAACACAGAUUCGAGAAAUUCUUAACUUCCAUUUUUGGGACCCAUGUUGAUCCUGAGAACUCAGAAAUGUUGGAGAACAAGAAAGACGUUGAGAAGAAUGUGGAGAAAAUACUCAAGCUGAUGAGUGGGGAGGAGAAUGGUGAAUCUGCAACUUCAUUUGACAAGUCCGAACUAGCUUCACUUAUUAAGGAUUUUCACAAUGGCUACCAAGCUCUCUAUGAACACUAUGAUCAUUUGAUUGGGAAGUUAAAGAAGAAAGUUCACCACAAAAGAGAAGACAAUGGAAGCUUUUCAUUUACCUUCAGUUCCUCUGAAUCAGACUCAUCAGAUUCGGGAUCCGAAGAAUUUUCUCAUAAGAAGAGAUCAAGCAAGAUUCAAGAAGGAGAAGUGGAAGUGCAGAUCUCGUUAGAAGAUUACCGAACUUUGCAGGAACAGUUGGGGGAUGCAAGGAGGAGAAAUAAUGAGCUGCAGACUGAAGCUGCCACACUGUAUGCAAAGCUUUCUGAGUUCGAAAGACUCACAGCUAAUUUGGCAGAAAGGGAAGCAGUAAUUGAGAAGUUAGAGAACAAUCUCCAAACAACUGCUCAGAGUGUCAAGCUCUUGCAAGAUGAGAAUGGAGAUCUUAAGCAAAGCUUAGAAAUUUUCUCUCAGAAAGAAGCUGACAUGAAUCAAAGGAUAAGAAGUUUUAAUGAACAAAAUGAAAAUCUGAUAUCAGAAAAUACAAAGGCUUUCAGCAGGCUACAUGAUGCAGAAAAAACCAUAGAAGAAUGUAGACUUGAAAUUGAACAGAUGAAAGUUGAGAUAUCAAAAUGGAUACCUGAGAACAGGAAAUUGAAGCAAGAAAUGGAAGAGAAGGCUCAGCUGGUGGAUGAUUUGAAUCAGCAAUUAAGCAAUACAAACAAAGAAAAGGAAGCAUUAAGUUCUGAAAACUUGGUACUUCUGAGCAAGAUACAGGAUGCAGAUAAAGCUUUGGCAGACCUCAGGGAUGAAACUGACCAAAACCUGAAAUUGAUUACUGAUAGGCUGUCUUCUGAGAAUGAGCACCUGUCAUCCGAGAAUGAAAAAUUGAAACUUAAGCUGGAGGAUUCUCAAAGACAAGGUGAUGAACUGAACCAGAAAUUGGCAGCUAGUGAGAAAGAGAAGGGAGCUUUGGAGUCACAAAUUUUAAGGUCAUCAUCUCAGAUGCAAGAAGCUGAGGAUACCAUUAAAAAUCUGACCACUGACUCUGAACUACUGAAAGACGAGCAAUCAAAAAUGCUGAAUAUUGUCGAUGAUCUGAACCAGCAAUUAAAAACCAAGAAAGAGGAACUUUAUGCUUUGCAAGUGGAGCAUAAUGAAGCUGUGGAAAAGACUCAACAAGCAUGGGAUAAAGAAGAAAUGCUUUUGGUGGAAAUAGAGAAAAUAAAGAAUGAGAGCUCUCAGUUGUUGCUUAACUGUGAGGAGCUGAAGCAGGAAUUCAAGGCUAGAAAUCAGGAAGCAUAUGAGUUAAAACAGAGGUUGGAAGCAACAAAUGAUGAGAAGCAUUUGUUGACCACAGGAAAUCUGGCACUUUCAAGCAAAAUAGAGCAGGCGGAAAUUAAUCUGAACCAUUUCAAAGCUCAGAUAGAACAACUAGAAUAUGAUAAAUCUCAGUUGGAGGUCAAAAUCAGUGACCUGGGUGUUGAACUGGAUGGAGCCCAUCUCCAACUGACUGAUCUGAACAAAGAACUUGGAGCUGCAGCAGAAGAAAUUAAUAAACUGACCCUGGAAAAUUCAAGGUCUAUGAGUGAGUUAAGGCAGGCAGAUGCUAACAGUAAGGAACUAGAAAAUGAGCUGAAACAGUUGAAAGAGGAAAAUUUGAUACUGCAAGAGCACACAAGCAAGCUAGAGGAUGCUGAGAAGAUCAUAGACGAUUUAAAGGCUGAAGUGGAACAACUAAGAUGUGGUAAAGCUCAGUUGCAGAUUGAAAGUAAGGAACUAGAAAAUGAGCUGAAACAGUUGAAAGAGGAAAAUUUGAUACUUCAAGAGUGCAGAAACAAGCUAGAGGAGGCUGAGAAGGUCAUAGACGGUUUAAAGGCUGGAACAGAACUACUAAGAUAUGGUAAAUCUCAGUUGCAGAUUGAAGUGGAUGAUCUGAAUGUCAAAUUGGAAGCAGCAGAUCUCCAAUUGACUGAUCUGAACAAAGAAAUUGGAGCUGUAGUGGAAGAAAAAAUUACAUUGGCCUCAAAUUUAGAGCAGGCAGAGGCUACCAUUGAGAAACUAGAAAUUGAGCUGCAACAGAUGAGGGAAGAAAAUUCCAUGCUGCAGCAAAGUAAUGAAGAUCUGUGCAAUCAAAACACUGAUCUAGAGAGAAGGCUGCAAGAAACAAGAGCUGAUGUGUUAGCCAUCCAGGAGAAGCUUGAAGAAGUAAUGAAGGAAGCAUCCAUCCAUGCAAAUGAACUUCAAACAGAGCUGGAUUUGCUGCACAUCCAGAAAAACAGAGAGGAAGAACAGAUGAGAAUUAUUAGGGAUGGAUGCUCAGAAAAUCAGAUUUUGAUGACUGACUUGGAAGACAAGCUGACUAGUAAAAUUUCCAAUCAGGAAACUAUGCUAGAGGCGCUGAGCGGUAGCUUCCUUGAAUUGCUCAAGACAUGCAAGCAAUUCAAAGAUCAGUAUCUGGAGUUGCAUACAAAAUUCCAUGGUGCAGAGACUGUUAGCGAAGAGCAGAACAAAGAAAUAAGGAAUUUGUUGGAGAGUCAUAAUGAACUCCUGGAAAAACUCUCACUUUCUGAAUCAGAAAAGGCAGAUGCUGAUAAAGAGAUUGCAAAGUUACAAGGACAAGUUCAAACGCUCGAAGUCCAGCUCCGCCUAUCAAACCAGAAGCUUAAAAUAACUGAAACUGAAAACAAGGACAAAGAAGAAAAAAAUAAGAAGAUGAUAGAAGUGUUGCAGGAGAAAUGUGCAGAGCUUGAAGAACAGAAGCAGUCAUCUGAUAAAAAGUUGGAUUUCGUGGAAAAUAAGCUUAUAAGAGUGAAAGUGGAAGUCGACUCUGGGACUUUAGCUCUAGAUACAAAACUUGAUGAGCUACAAUUUCUCUUUGAACAGAAACACUGUCAAAUCCUAAGUAGAUUAUCAAUUUGUACGGAAGAGCUAAAGACCCUCAAGAGUAAGUUGGGGGAGCUGCUUUGUGAGAAGGAGAUACUGAUAAAAGAGAAACAUGAGCUGACAAUGAGAUUGAAACACAAGGAUGGGAUGAUCUUGAUGUUAAAAGAUAAGGCAGGGAGUCUUGAAGCUAAGUUGGCAGCAAAGGAAAAAGACCUGGAGAAAUUGAUGAGAAAUAUGGACGUGUCUGAGAAGAAGAAGGAGGUUUUGGAGAAGAGGGUCAAGGAGAAGGAAGAGGAGGUGCUGGCUAAGAAUGAUGAGAAAAGGGAGGCCAUAAGGCAGUUGUGCUUGUUGAUCGAAUACCACCGUGAAAAGUGCGACCAUCUUUUUCGAUACAUCUCCCCAUUGCUGAAGAGAAGUAGACGUUCAUUGUGAAAGUUCUUUUUUUACUCAUCCCUUCUUCAGUAUGAUUUUGGAUAAUCAGUGAUACUGUUAUUUCUUCGUUUGUUGGAAUGCGCAUGGUAGAAGAGAAUGCAAGCUGUGGUUCUUCUCAGCAUAAGAUGUCAAGGUUAGGUCAUGCAUGCUCCAUUGACUUAUAUGAUCUACAAAGAUACAAAGAGAGUGGAUUUGACUGGCAUGCUGGGGGGAAUGGUGGGCACACUUUUCCCCCACGAAGCGCACUUUUCUCCAAGAUAUUCUAGGUAUUUCUUUCAAACUUCAAGAAUUCAUUUGUUAUUAUUGUGCUGUAAUAAUAUAAGUUCGAGGGACAAGGUUACUCUAGUAGCUUCCUGUAGAUGAAUAAUAGACUUAUUAGGCCUCAGGGUAUCAGAUUUUCUG